AAUGUUCCAAAAGCCACCAUGAGCACAAACAAGGUGGAGCCCCAGCGGGCAGAGGUGACGCCUAACAGACCUCAAUCUUCUACAUGUCUCUGUGUGAUCAAUAGCAACCUGGUAACUGAAACAUUGCUGACCCUAAAAAAACAUAGCUGUGGGUUUUUGAAGUGUGAGGACGCUCUCACUUGCUCUGGCAAAACAAGUUCCUGUAAUUAAAUCGCUGGUGGGGUUACCUAAUGCUCCUGUGCAGUACCACAGGGGCGGGAAGAUGAUUGCUAAACCUAUCCUGGGAGUCCCUACAAGGAAGCUCUGGCAGUUUUCACAUAAGUAACACAGAGAAAAACCACUGUCACCGGACAGAGAUGGCACUUUUUGGAGAUUUCAACUUUUUCUGUUCCACCACCGUGCUGGCUGCUGCUGUUCUCUUGCUUGUUCUUUAUCUCAUAUCUUUCAGUUACAUUUCUAAGGAAAGAGGGAAGGAACCCCCAGGACCGAGACCUCUGCCUCUGCUUGGCAACCUGUUGCAAAUUGACCUCAAGAGACCCUACAAAACUCUGUAUGAGCUUUCAAAGACAUAUGGGUCAGUAUUUACAGUUUAUUUAGGAACCAACAAAGUUGUGGUCUUGGCUGGGUACGAAGCAGUCAGAGAGGCACUGGUUAACUAUGCAGAGGAGUUUGGAGAGCGCAACAUCUCCCCGAUAUUUAAGGAUCUGAAUCGAGGUCAUGGAAUUUUGUUUGCAAACGGAGAAUCGUGGAAAGAGCUGAGACGUUUUGCCCUCACCACCCUCAAAGACUUUGGGAUGGGCAAAAGACUUUCUCAGGAUAAAAUCCUGGAGGAGUGUGGCUCCCUGAUUCAAGUGAUUGAAGAGCAUAAAGGAAAUGCUUUUGAUACAGCUCUUCCAAUAAAUUAUGCAACAGCCAACAUUAUCUCCUCUAUUGUGUACGGUACCAGAUUUGACUACGGUGACCCUGUAUUCAAAAGGAUGGUGAAGCGAGCCAAUCAAUCCAUAUGUGUCACAGGUUCUGCAUCAGUCCAGCUUUUUAACAUGUUUCCCCGGCUGUUCGGUUGGGUAAAAAACCGCCAGGUGGUGUUAAAAAAUGUUGAGAUGAAUGUCAGAGAUAUAAAGAAUUUAACUAAGCAUCUGAAAGACACUCUGGAGCCUGGACUGUGUCGAGGGCUUGUGGACUGUUUUCUGAUUCGAAACAGAAAGAAGAAUCCCACCACAAUGCUGGGAGCCGUUGUUCUCCUGCUUGUACUUUAUCUUGUUUCUAUCAUUUUCAUCUCUAAGGAAAAAAGAAAUGAACCCCCAGGACCGAGACCUCUGCCCCUGCUUGGUAACCUGUUGCAAUUAGAUCUCAAGAGACCCCACAAAACUCUGUGUGAGCUUUCAAAGAAAUAUGGCUCUGUAUUUACUCUUUACUUUGGAACCAACAAAGUCGUGGUCCUGGCUGGAUAUGAGACAGUCAGAGAGGCACUGGUCAACUAUGCAGAGGAGUUUGGAGAGCGCAACAUCUCCCCGAUACUUAAUGAUAUAAACCAAGGUCAUGGAAUUUUGUUUGCAAACGGAGAAUCGUGGAAAGAGCUGAGACGUUUUGCCCUCACCACCCUCAAAAACUUUGGGAUGGGCAAAAGACUUUCUCAGGAUAAAAUCCUGGAGGAGUGUGGCUACCUGAUUCAAGUGAUAGAAGAGCAUAAAGGAAAUGCUUUUGAUACAGCUCUUCCAAUAAAUUAUGCAACAGCCAACAUUAUCUCCUCCAUUGUGUAUGGAAGCAGAUUUGACUACGGUGACCCUGUAUUCAAAAGGAUGGUGACGCGAGCCAAUCAAACCAUAUGUGUCACAGGUUCUGCAUCAGUCCAGCUUUUUAACAUGUUUCCCCGGCUGUUCGGUUGGAUAAAAAAUCGCCAGGUGGUGUUAAAAAAUGUUGAGAUGGCUGUCAGAGAUAUAAAUAAUUUAACUAAGCAUCUGAAAGACACUCUGGAGCCUGGACUGUGUCGAGGGCUUGUGGACUGUUUUCUGAUUCGGAAACAGAAAGAAGAAGAGUCCUGUGUUUUGGAUACUCACUACAAUGAGGAGAACUUGACAGUCAUAGUGAACAAUCUUUUUGCUGCUGGCACUGACACCACAGCAGCCACACUGAGAUGGGGUUUGCUGUUAAUGGCUAAAUACCCACACAUACAGGAGCAGGUCCACGAGGAGCUGAGCCGGGUAGUAGGAAGCCGUCAAGUUUGUGUAGAUGACCGGAAAAACCUGCCGUACACUGAUGCAGUCAUUCACGAGACUCAGAGACUGGCGAAUAUUGUCCCCAUGUCUCUUCCUCAUCAAACUAGCCAAGAUGUCACCUUCAAGGGAUACUUUAUCAAAAAAGGAACUAUUGUGUUUCCCCUUCUCACCUCUGUGCUGUAUGAUGAGAGUGAAUGGGAGAGCCCACGCACUUUUAACCCUUCACAUUUUCUGGACAAAAAGGGUCAAUUUGUCAAGAGAGAUGCCUUCAUGCCCUUUUCUGCAGGUCGCCGGGUGUGUCUCGGAGAAGGUCUGGCUAAGAUGGAGCUCUUCCUCUUCUUCACCUCCCUCAUUCAGCGCUUUCGUUUCACUCCUCCACCUGGAAUCACAGAGGAUGAACUGGAUCUCACACCAGCUGUGGGAUUCACCACCCCUCCUUCAUCUCAUAUGCUGUGUGCUGUCAGUCGCCAGUGAGAGACACAUGGAACUUGACAUUAUAGCGUUUACUUGUAACAAUAGCAUAAGCAUUGUUUUUAUCAUUCUAACCCAACAGCAAACAGAUGUCAGCAUUCUGAACAACAGGCAAAGGCAGAUGUCAAGGGAACAGAUUUUUCUGACUAGUUUUUGGUUUUAUUCCCUACAGUUUCAAACAAAUAUCUGUACUUUCUACUUAUUACGUUUCAAAACAGGCUCAUUACUUUGGCUGUAACGCAUUUGGGGGGAGUUAUUAUCUCAUCAUUGUGGACCUUUGUUUGUUUAUUAAUCACCAGUGGAUAAAAAAAGACAACAUGUGUCAAAGUCAGGGAUUAAAAGUGAUUUUUAAAAGUGAUUCUGCACACACACAAAGUGUUUGUGUGCAGUUUGUCUCAAAGUGUGUUGCUAGCUAAAGGUCCAGCUGCUGUAUUUCACACUGAGAGAACAGAAAGAGCCAACUUCACUCAGAGAUGGAGAAAGAUAAGAAAGACAGGACAGGAGAGGAAGAAGUGAGGUUAGAUUCAAAGGUAAGGACUGCUCAGCGGUAUCUGAUAAACUGGAAAUUUAAAGCUUACAUGGAAGUCAUGAUGUUUUUAAAUCAGAUGUUGUACAUUUGUACAUGUGACAUUAUGCUUUUUCAUGUUGUGAAACAUGCUGUGAAACAAACUGAGGUAGACUAACUUUAUUAUCUAAAGGUUGCAUGAAAACCUUGUUGCGGGUUAGUCCAGGAUAAACAGGUUAGUUUGUUGUCCUGUGAAAAGUAAAGAACACCCUGCUCUUUAAGAACAUUGUGUGACUGGUGCACAGUGGCUGUGGUUUCAUGGUCACAGUUGGGUUACAUCAAGUGUAGCAGAGAGUCAUCUGAAUUUUAGCUGAUGAUGCUGAGAUCCAUUCAUUGAAUUCCACCUUCAUACCAACUUUAUACCAUCUGAAAAAAAGCCAGGAUAAACAGUGUACUGUCAGUGUAGAGGAAAUCAGCCAGGACAACUCAUGACACAUCUACUGACAUCUGGUUGAAUCCAGUUGUGUACGUCCACAGAGAGCAGCAGGUCAGCUGAUCAUAGCCUGUACACUAAGAUAAUCUACUGGAACUCGCAAUAGAAAUUAUUGUGAGUUAUGAUUCUCUUCCCCACACUAAACCAUUACAGCCAAUUUUAGGGUUCCACACCUGCUGAAUCCCAUGUUAACCCUUGACUGCACACAUUUUCCUGUUUAGAGGAACAAUGUCAGUAACAGAAAAGAUUUUUCUAUAUUUGGAUUAAAAAAAUGUUAGACUAAAGUUUCCCAUCUACUGAUAUUAUUUUAUCAUUACGUUAAUAUAGCACAAGGCUCAGUCAGCUUUGGACAGAAACAGAAACAUCUUCCAAAGAGCUAUUUUUACUUUCUUAUUCUGAGAACAUUUCAGAGCCUGUACUUUUAAACUUUUACUUGAGUAAAGAAGUUCACUUCAACUUUUACUGGAGUAUUUUUAGCAGUAGUAUUUCUACUGCUACUGAAGUGCAGAAUUCUGUGCAAGGGAACCCUUUAUUUCAGUCACUUCUAACAAGUAAAAUUAAAGUAUAAUGCAUAGAAUGAGUGGAGUCAUUCAAAUUUUUGAUCUCUGUACAGAACUUUGUUUGAAUGAUUAACAGAUCAUAUCAGUAUUUUUGUUUUUCACUGUUACUUUUCAGAGAGUAAUUUAUUAGAGGUUUAUUCUUUCAAUUGCAGGAGAAUUGUGAAAAUGUUGUUUUCUGCAGAUACAUUUUUAAAAGUACCUUUUAAUAGCUGAUCUAAAGUUGCAAUAAACUAAAGUCUUCAGUU